UGAAUUGAUUCACCUGUCGAUUUCGGUUACCAACAUUCGGUAUAAAUGUUGAAGUAAACUUAGAUGGUGUCAUCAGUCUACUGCAAGCUCAUCCUUUCAGAACAUCAUCAGUUCAGAUCCACCGAUCCAAUAGCAUCUCAGAAUGAAGUUCUUCAUAGCCUUCCUAGCCAUGGCUUUCGCGGCUGCUGAAGCAGGAUACGCUCCAGCUGCGGUUCCAGUCACCACCUCUGUGUGGCCCGCGUACGGUGGCUUGUAUGGAAAGAGUGUCGUUUCGGCUUGGCCGUACGGCCAUGACGGAUGGAACAACGGCUGGGGCAACGGCUGGAACAACGCCGCCGGUUGGAACACCUGGAACAAUGGAUGGAACAGCUGGAACAACGAUGGCCACGGAUGGUACGGUUAUCCCUAUGGUGCCGCCGGUGCCUGGUCUCCAGCUCACUAUGGUGGACACAAGACUGUAGUGCAGGCCAACUUAGGAAAGGCUGCGUACCCUUGGGGAUUGCCGUGGGGAACCUACGGUGCUGGAGUUCAUGGAUGGACUGGCCACCAUGGUGGAUAUCUGCCAACGACGGUUGUCCCAGUGUCCAAGCAGGUGGCUGCUACCCCUGGAUCGGUUCAUGUGGCCGCGGUACCGGUUGGAGGUGAAAAAGUGGUUGUUGGUAAAACUUGGUAAAUGCAAGGAAUGGAUUAGGGUAAAAUCUGGCUAUGUGAUCAAUGGAAAAGGAAUUGUGAAAUAUAUUUAAAAUUACUGUAAAUACCAAAUACAAGUUUAAUUCAAAUUGAAGAACAGUAGGUGACCUUAUCUCAGGGUCAUCCACAACUACUUACUCAACAAGAAA